CUGCCAGUCGGUCUGAGGGGGGUCAGGGUGCCCCCCCGUUGCCCGACACCCACUAAUGUGUGGGGCUCGAGGCCACAGCAUCGAAGAGAAGGUUGCGGCUGGUGAGGGGCCCUUGGGAGGCACUGCUAAUGAAGCAGAAGGCUCUGGCGGGGUGGGUUGGAAGUCUGAGAGGCGGCGUUCAGCCCAGGGCUUGGUGGCCACGAGACCGCCCAGUUCCCGUGCUGUGCCUGUCACCUCACCAGCAUAGGCCCACCUCCUCGUGGGUGGAGACCACGUGAGUUAGGCUGCUGGAGCAGGUGCUGGCUGGCUGCACACACCCACCAAGUAGUGUCUAGAUCCCACACGGGGGCUACGGCAGGAGCAGCGGCAGCAGAGGGUUGAGCGGCUGCGUGUCGAGAUGUGGGGAGAUGUGGGGAGAUGCGCUGGCAGGAAGUGGGGUGGGGAGCUCCGCUGAGGUCUGCGCAAGGGCACCUCUGAAGGUGCCCAAGCCACUGGGCCUGCUCCAGCCGGGGCCGAGGAGGAGCUACCGUGCGCAGGGCCUUGGCCUAGCUGUGGCUUCACAGGAUGGGGCCACAGGUGCCCUCGGCCCCUCCUGUCCUCUGGGUCCUAGGGUGCCUUGCCUUGUUCCUCUGGCUGUGGACACUGUGCACAGCCUGCCACAGUCACUGCUGAGACAACACUGCCUCUGCUCCCUCAGCAAGUCAGACACCAGACUGCAUGAGCUGCACCGGGGCCCAAAAAGCUGCAGGGCCCCUCGACCUGCCAGCGUGGAUAUCCUGCACCCGCGAUGGCUGGAAGUGCCCAGAGGCACCAGCAGACCUCUGACAGCCUUCUCACACCGAGAACUGCCCCGGGCGACGCCUGCUGCCACCUUGCCCUCCAUCUGCCCCGAGGCCACCUAUUCCAAUGUGGGGCUGGCUGCCCGCCCUGUGGUGUGGGCAGGGGCACGGCUGACCAGCAGCCAUGCCAGGCCCGGGCCUGAGGCCGGACCCGGGGUGGCUGAGUAUGCCUGUAUCCAGAAGCUCGAGGGGACAGAUCAAGGCCCCCAAAGCCUCAGGCAGUGGAAGGCCGAGGUGACCCCAGCUGUUCAGGUGGACAUCCUGUACUCCAGGGUUAAGAAGCCUAAAAAGAGGGACCUAGGACCUGCCACAGAUCAGCUGGACCCCAAGGGCAGAGGAGAAAUUCCGGCUCUGGGAAGUGACCAGGCCUACGAGACCCUCCCACUCAGGGGCCUAGGCAUGGAUGAUGGCCUCCCAGACAAUGUGUACGAGACUAUCCAGGAAAUGGGGGCCCCUGAGCACCCGGAGCCCUCUGGCUGUAGCUAUUAGCAUAAGAAAAGAGGACAGAGGCAGGGCAUGGGGGCUCCCUGCUUCCCCAGUUUCACCCCAGAGAGGGGCAUCCAACCCCUAUCUGCCUUGAACAACCAAGUAUAGACGGUCAUCCUUCCAAAGUAGUGCCCAACGCCUAUUCCCUGUCCGCCCCCCCCCCCCAGCUGGCAGCGCAAAGUCCAGAUCCCAAGGCUUCUAGCCUGUGAGGUCCCUGGGGGUCCUGGCCCCCAUGGCCUCUUGGCCUUUCGCAAGAUCUUAAUAAAUACCCAGCACAGGAAGGAUGAAUACA